CUUUCUUAGUCUCAUUCAACUUCAGAAAAAAAAAGAAAAUUAAAAAGAGAGAGAUGGGGUCAAUAGUGGUGAUGGGAAUGCUACUAUUGUUGUCAUUAACAAUUGUGCCCUCAUCAGCACAACAAGCUGCUCCUUGCUGGGUGAGCAUUGCAUCUUGCUUGGAAACUGCGAAAGCUCAAAAUUAUGUAGCGACUGCUGUACGACCUUGUUGUCAAGGUAUAUCCGACGCUAUAAAUAAUGAAAGGUCCUGCUUUCUGCCUCGGCAAGGCUGACAUACUUUCACAGCGAAAUGGCGAAGCUUUUCUUAAUGGUAUUUUCGGAACAUGCAGCAUCACUGGUACUAUAGGCACAAUAUGCACUGAUAAUGCUUCGUCCACCCCGAGUGGAACUCCAUCGACCCCCGGCACAACUCCGUCAACCCCAAGCACAACUCCAUCAACCCCGAGCACUACUCCUUCAACCCCAAGCGGAACUCCUUCAACCCCCACCGGAACUCCAUCUACCCCAGCAACUAGUACCUCUAGCAACAGUGCCACCCACAAGAUCGCAAUUAAAUCGCUUUCUGGCUUGUUCGUGAUCUUGAUGCCAUUGAUGAUUUGUUAAGGGAACAUUAAAAUGACCGUGAAACUCCCUCAAUCUUGUGAACUUGUCAUAUAUACUUGAUACAUCCCAGUUAUCGUGGUGGAGAUGAAGGGGUAGAUGAUCUUCUUCAUUGAUUCAUUGAUUCUGGGUCGUUCCAUAAUUCGUCUUAAAUAUUAUAUGUUGUCUUUGAAUUUGUUUAAUUCGUAAUGCAUGUCAAGUGUAUUCACGCACAUUCUUUUCUUCUUUUUUAUUAUAGUAAAGUCAAGUUGUAUGCUCUUGUUUAUACGAUCAAUAUAAAAGAGAUGGAAAAAACUAUUGGUGGAGGCAGGAGGGGACUCCUUGUUAUUCAAAAAUAUCUAAUUACCUAGUUUGUCUCCUCUUAUAUUGUACUACCGCAUUUAUAUUGUAUAUACUACCUCCGUUUCUUUUUAAUUGUUACACUUACACUUUUCACGCAUGCCAAUGUAAAACUUUGACGAUAUAUAUCUCUAGUUUUGUAUUUGUAAAAAUUAUAAAAAGUACAUAUUAAUAAAAUACAUACGAAGACGAAUCUAACAAGACCCACAUGAAUAUAUUUUUGUUCACGUAUAAAUCACAAACGAUGGUCAAAGUGCAAUUUG